AUGGGAUGUGGCAUGACAAAAUCAAAGCUGCAGCUGAAAAAAGCUAUAAAGGCAGCUAUUCUGAUCCAGCGAUGGUACCGCCAAUAUGUGGCACGGCUGGAGAUGAGACACAGGUGCACUUGGAACAUCUUUCAGUCCAUUGAAUAUGCAGGGGAACAGGACCAGAUCAAGCUCUACAAUUUCUUUGGUUACCUGAUGGACCACUUCACUCCGGCCAGUAGCGAGAGAAAUCUAAUCUCUCACAUUUUCCGUGAGAAUGACAUUUGUCGUGACACAGAAUGGGAAAGAUAUUUCUGCUACAAGAGUAUUGAGGUACCUGACAUCUACAGUGGCCCACAUCUAACCUUCCCCAUGACUAUUUGUGAGGCAUCUAAGCUGAUAGAGGCCUUCAAGCACAAACAACAGCUCCAUCCUCGAUAUGUUCUGCACCUUCUUGGAGAAACCUGGAGGCUUCUAAGAAUGCUCCCCAACAUAAAUUACAUCUCCACAUUCCACACCAGAGACAUCACCAUUUGUGGAGAUUUACAUGGACAACUUGAAGAUCUAUUGCUGAUAUUCUAUAAGAAUGGUUUGCCCUCUUCUGAGAAACCCUAUGUCUUCAAUGGAGACUUUGUGGAUCGUGGCAAAAACUCCCUGGAGAUUCUACUCAUUCUGUUUGCCUUCCUGCUGGUCUAUCCCAAUGAUGUCCAUCUGAAUAGAGGGAACCACGAGGAUCAUAUUGUUAACCUGAGAUAUGGUUUUACCAAAGAAGUCCUAGGAAAGUACAGGGUACAUGGAAAGAAGAUCCUGAAGCUUCUUCAGAAGAUUUUCACCUGGCUGCCUCUUGCUACAGUUAUUGAUCACAAAGUGUUGAUUGUGCACGGAGGGAUCUCUGAUACUACAGAUCUUAACAUCAUAGCCCGAUUGGACAGGCAUAAAUAUGUGUCAGCCCUGAGACCCCCAAAGCGCAGCCAAGCAGUCAAUGCCAAUAGGUGUCUGGAUACUGAAGAUAAAAAGACCUCUGUAUCAGCAGAAGGCCGGCGCCGGGUGUGCUCUUUGACCAACCACAGUCCAGCUCUUGGUCCCAGGCAUGAGUUCCAGCGCCGUUCGCUCCACGAUUUGUCUACGAGCAGUCAUGUCACCUGCUCAGUGGAGGAAGAGCUUAGAAAGAGACGCAGGCAAGCUGGAUUCAACAAAUUUAACAGAGGCCUGAGAAUGUCUCUCUCGUCUAACUCAGACCUAGAGCCAGGAGAAACAGUGGAAACAGAUGGGGAUGACUGGAAACAAAUAGUGGACGUGUUGUGGAGUGACCCCAUGCCACAGGAUGGCUGUAUUCCCAACGAGGUGCGAGGGGGCGGCUGGUACUGGGGGCCAGAUGUCACUGAUGAGGUACUAAAGCGACACAGCCUCCAGCUUCUCAUACGCUCACAUGAGUGCAAACAGGAUGGCUAUGAGUUUUGCCACAACCGCAAGGUGCUGACUAUAUUCUCAGCAUCUAACUACUAUGAGGUGGGCAGUAACAGAGGUGCCUACAUCAGGAUGGGCCCUGAUCUGGUUCCCCACUUUGUUCAGUACCAGGCCAGCAGAACUGGCCGAGAGCUCACCUUCAGACAAAGUGUUGGGUGGACUGAGCGAUCAGCUCUAAGGGCUCUAAGGGCACAGCUGUUUGCACACAAGUCUGACCUCAUUGCUGCGUUUGAGGAAUACGACCCAAAAAACACAGGUUUACUCUCUCUGAAACAUUGGGCGAGUGCCAUGGAGAAAGUGUUAAAGCUGGGUCUGCCCUGGAGAGUGUUGCGCUCUCAACUUGUCGACAACACUCAGCAUGGCAUGCUAGACUACCAGCAAUGGAUUGGGCAGCUCUCCAUCACUGAACCCAGACCAGAGAUCUCAAAUGCCAGCAUCCUGGAAACAAUGUACAAAAACCACUCAAACCUGGAGACUAUCUUCCGAAUCAUAGACACAGAUCACUCAGGCCUGAUCUCAUUUGAGGAGUUCCGUCAGACAUGGAAACUCCUGAGCUCCCAUCUAAAGGUAGAGGUCACUGAUGAGGCCAUGGCAGACCUAGCCCAGAGCAUUGACUUCAACAAGGAUGGUAACAUUGACAUCAAUGAGUUCAUGGAGGCCUUCCGACUAGUGGACCUCACCGCGCACCCGUAAAAGUUGGGUUGAACCUAUAAUUAGAUGUCCACGCUGACCUGUCACAGCAGAAAUCCCAUAUACUUUCAUUUUUGUUUUUUUACCCCCUAUUCACUGUGGUCAAUAUGCCUGAGAAUUUAAUGAUCAUUAGCAUCUUACAUGUUUUCACACAAUGUGAGCCUAGUGAGAUGAGUGUGCUUAUCGGUUGAUAAUUUUGAGCCCAGGCAUAGUUGGAAUUUGGGCAAUUGUGCUCACAUCUCAGGCUAUUAGUUCUUUUCUACCUCCUAGAUAUUUUUUGACACAAAGAUUUAGACUACAUUUUAAACAUUGUGUUGGAUCUUAUAAUAAUGAAUCACUGGUCUAAUAAUGAAUACAGACAUUCAA